AUGCAAGUAUCAAACGUUCAAGAGGUGCACGAAGACGAAUUAAGUGACCUUUGCAGCAAGUACAACGAAGGGUUCGAACCAGCCAUGGGUAUCAUAAAAGACUUCAAAGCAAGUGUCUUUUUAAAGCCAUCAGCAACACCAAAGUUUUUCAAUAGCCAUCAAAUUCCAUUCGCACAGAUGGACAAAUUCAGAGCUGAAGCAGACAGACUUACACAAGCUGGAAUUUGGAAGCCGAUCAAAUUUAGUAAUUGGGCAUCACCAAUUGUACUAGCAUUUAAACCAGGUGGCGCUAUUCGCAUAUGUGGCGAUUUUAAGCAAGCAGUCAACGCGCAGAUCGAUGUCGAACAGUACCCGUUACCAACAAAAGAGUCUCUGUUUCACAUAAUACGUCACGGCAAGCAAUUCAGCAAAAUAGAUUUAAAGGAUGCCUAUCUUCAAAUGGAGCUGGAUGAGGAUUCAAAAACUAUCAUGGUCGUCAACACACCCCUUGGCCUAUUUCAAUACCAGCGCCUUCCCUACGGAAUUGCCAGUGCUCCAGCGAUCUUCCAAAGGUAUUUGGAACAGCUUCUAAAAGGAGUAGAAGGAUGUGGAAACUACUUAGAUGACAUCAUAAUCUCAGCACCUACAAGCGAGCAACAUCUAAAGCGAAUCGACCAAGUUCUCAGUAUUCUUCGUGAGAAUGGUAUUAGAUGCAAAAAGGAGAAAUGCUUCUUUUUCAAGGACGAAAUUGAGUACCUAGGACGAAGAAUCAGCGCUCAAGGGAUUCUUCCAGGCAGCUCAGGCUUGGAGGCUGUUAAACUGUUGCGUCCGCCUUCUAAUCUGCAGCAACUAGAAGCAUUCAUGGGUAAAGUUAAUUACUAUUGCAACUUUAUUCCGAACUAUUCUCAGUUAGCCGCUCCUUUAAACCAACUUCGUAGAAAAAAUGUAGCACACCUUUUCGGGCCGCAACAAGAACAAGCUUUUACAACCCUAAAGUCCCAUGUUAUCAACGCGACUCAGCUAGCUCAUUUCGAUGAAAAUCUACCACUAGUCCUAGCGACGGAUGCAUCAUCUUUUGGUAUUGGUGUAGUCCUUUCACAUAUCCAACAUGAUGGCAAGGAGAGACCUAUUGUUUUCGCAUCCAAAACGCUUGACAAGCAUCAGGUUAAGUACAGCCAAAUCGAAAAAGAGGGACUUUCUAUAAUAUUCGGAGUUAAACGUUUUCACCAAUAUUUGUACGGCCGAAAGUUUACCCUUAUAACGGAUCACAAGCCACUAGUAACGAUUUUCAAUCCAGGCAAGCAUCUGCCUUUAAUGACAUCAAACAGGCUACAGCGCUGGGCCAUCAUUCUCAUGGCCUAUAUUUUUGAGAUACAGUAUCGUUCUACAUCUGCUCAUGGCAACGCAGAUGCCCUAUCGCGCCUUCCCGUGGGCAUGGAUCCAGAGUUCGACAGAGAAGAAGAAGCCUGCUGCAUCGAAAUGGAACAGUCACCACCGAUCAAUUCUGAGAUCAUUCGCAACCACAUCGAAAAGGACAAACUUCUCAAACAAGUCUUACGCAUCUGCAAGUGCAACAAUCCUGCUGCUCCAAAAGAGUACCAAAGUUGGCCUGCAGCUACAACAGCCUGGGAGCGAAUCCAUAUCGACUUCGCCGGCCCAAUAUUCGACUCCAUGUGGCUAAUCUGUGUAGACGCUUACUCGCAGUUCCCAUUUUUAGUUCAAAUGUCGUCCACUACAACAUCCAACACGAUCGCUGCACUAUCAUCGAUAUUCGCCAUCGAAGGAUAUCCAAAAACCAUGGUCAGCGACAACGGUCCGCAGCUUACGGCUGACGCCUUUGAGGAAUUCUGCAAACUUCAUGGAAUAAAACACAUUACCACAGCACCGUUCCAUCCAGCAUCCAAUAGAUUAGCAGAGCGUUUCGGUAGCACUUCAAAUUCCUACGGAAAAUCUCCCGUCGAGUUAAUCCAUGGUCGUCCAGUCCGAACCGUACUAAGCCAAAUUUUCGAGCAGCCUGUCGAAGCCAAGCUAUCAGUUACCAAGUACGUCCCAAAUCAAAUGGUCUACGCUCGUAAUUAUGUAAGGGGAGAAAAGUGGAUUGAAGGAUCUAUUGAUCGUCCAAUUGGAAAAAUGGUUUUCUUGGUUCGCACCACAAAUGGUUAUAUCAAGCGCCAUUUCAACCAGCUAAAACCGAAGUUCUCAGCAAGCAGCUCCAUUAAAAAACCUCCAGAGUUCUUUUGGAUCCCGGAUAUUCCGCCCUCUUCAAAUCAUCCCCUACAACAACAAGAAGAUGAACCAGUAACUCCGUCAACCGUUCAGCAAAGUCAUACUGAACCUGAGCCACCCGAGAGCCACGUCAUCAAACCAACAACAAAAGCAAAAACAACCAGCACGACUUUCAUCCGGCAUACCAGUUCGCCAAAGUAG